AUGUCUAAAGACUACAGUGUUCUUCAUUUAAUUUUACUUUUAUUAACUUUUAAAUGUGUAUCAAGUGUAAUAAUUCAACCAUCGAAUUUAGAAUCAUUUGAUUCUUGUGGAGGUGAAUAUUCUGGUUAUCAAUACAGCGUUACUAGCCCUGAUUAUCCAAAAAAUUAUACUGAAUUUCAAGACUGCAUUUAUCUUCUCCGUGGAAGUCAUUUAGCAAGUUGCAGUCAAGUGUUUCAUCUCCAGUUUACAAAUUUUUCUUUGCGAUCAUCUCCUAAUUGUGAACAGGAUUAUUUAAUAAUUGGAGAUUCCAAUGUGUUAUGUGGAGAGUUUACCGGAAUAAAAACCUAUCCGAGCAAAAAUAAUACAUUGGCACUUAGAUUUCAUAGUGGAAAAGGUGGUUCGUAUAAAGGAUUCAAGAUUUUAGUCACAACAUUACCGUGUCCUGUUUCUACUGAAGCAGCAAAAUCGAUGGUCAACAAUCGCAAACAAUCUGGAAUAAUAUAUCCUUCUCAUCGACCCGAUGACAUUUUCCCUGUUGACAAUGACCACUCAACUGUAAAAAAAGAAUUUCAAUCGAAAUCAAAUUCUAACAAUAACCAAGACCAGCUCAAUCAUCAACCAAAUUUAUUUCUAGAUGAUUUAAAACCUCCACUUCAUCCGAAUAAAUUUGAUAAAAAUCAAACAACCAUGACGAAAGUAUCUGCAUAUUUUUUUGAAGAUCCAGAGGAUGAGAAGAAGAAUGAAAUUCCACAAUUUCCAACUGAUUUAUCAAUUCCAACACUAAAAGAUGCCAUUUCUGGAGCGCAAAAUGCAAAUAAUUCAUCUCUGGAUGUAACAUCAAGAAUUGGAGAUGAUGGAAUGGACUUUAGAAAUAAUCAGAAGUUAAUCAGUCCUGAAAAGAUAUAUGGAAUUCCUCCAGGAAAACCUUAUGCUCCCUUACCCAAUUAUAGUCCACAAGUUCAUACUGGUGAAGUUCGUGAAAACGCAUUCGUAGAUUGCAAUACAAAAUCAAACGAUGGUGUGUUUCCGAAUAAUUAUCCUGGUGUUAUACCACCAUCUUUUCCUUCCCCAGCAGCUUUUCCACCCUCUUAUGGUCCCCCUCCAAGAUUUCCACCUCCUCCUCAACAACCUCCUGUUUAUCCAAUCGUUCCACAAGCUCCAAUUUUACCACCCCAUAAUUUAAUUCCAUCGAAUGCUGACAGUAACUUUCCUUUACGUCAGUGUUGUAAUGCUCAGCACUCAUCGCUCAGAUUCCUGUUAAGUAACCCAGGUUUUCCGAGCCUAUUUUACUCAGAAAAGCCGUAUGACUGUGCUUACAUCAUCACUCCAUAUCCCAACGUUUGUCGACUACGCUUCACCUUUAAAUAUUUCAAUUAUGGACUCGAUGAAGACUUCUGUGGGAAUGGAUAUAUUGAAGUUGAUGGAAGAAGAUACUGUGGAUGCAAAACUGGUUUGUCUUUUGUGUCAAAUGUGGUAGAUUCUUAUCCAAAAAUUGUCAGAGUUAGAUAUCUAGGCUUUCCGAGAGUGAAGCACAAUGGAUUUCUCAUUGAAGUCAAUCAAGAGUCUUGUUUCAAUAAUAACAACAAUAAUAAUUAUCCAUACUUAUCAAGAAAUAAAAAACAAAUAAUUAAAAAAGAAGUAGAAGUUUUUCAAAUACCUAGAAAUAAACGAAGUGAUGAUUGGAAUGUUAAUCGAUUAUUGAAUGAAACACAAAGGGAAAAAAGAACUGCUGGUUAUUUCUAUCCAAAGCCAAAUGUUGAUUUUCCUACAGGAGUAGUAAAUUUUGGUAAUAUUAAUUCUGGUUUUAUUCCACAAACAAGCUGUCAAGCAACAAAUUUAUUAAGUUGGGCUCAUGCUAGCAAAGAGGUUUAUUUAAGAGGAGGAAGGUGUCUUUCAAAUAAUUUAAAUGGAGGAUUUAUACCCAACUACCCACCUGGAACCAAUUAUUAUCCUGGAAAUCAACGUCCUGGAUAUCUUCCUCCCAAUGCAGGAAGACCUAUUCCUCCAAACGUUGAUACUGAAUUAAUUCCUUCACCAGGCUUACCUGGACUCCCAGGCGUUGGAUAUCCUGGUGCAGGAAAUGCAAUUCCGUUACCAAGUAAUUGUCAAUAUGUGAGAUUAAAUGCAAGAGACGGAACUAUUCCUUCACCUGGAUAUCCUAAUUACUACCCACCAAAUACUAACAUUUGUUUUCGAUUUAUUCGAGCACCUGGUGCAUGUAAAUUGCAUUUAUCCAUAUUAGAAUUCGACUUAGAAAAUAGCCGAGGGUGUGGAAAGGAUUUUCUAUUCUUCAUUAAUCAGAAUACUAAAUAUUGUGGGCGUACCAUUGCAGGUAGCAAGACAUUGAUCACAUUUCCACCAACUGGUUUCAUUGAUAUACAAUUUGUGUCAGAUGCUUUUGGAACAGGACGAGGAUUUAACAUAGUAUUCUCUCAAAUUUAAAUUAGUUGAGAUUAAAAAAUUU